CCCUCUUCCCUCUUUCCACACCUACUCAAUUGUUCCCAUAAACUUAGUGACAAACUCCUGAGCCUUGCCACAGAGCUCCAGUCUUGGUUGUGAUGAAGACUUUCCUGUAACCUGGAGGCAUUCCUGACUUGCACCUUUCACACCACUUUCAACCUGUAAGCUUCCACAAAGGGAUCUCUAAAGUAAGGCAGAAGAGUAAGGUCCUUUUUCUCACUCUGCGCACGGACACCUCUAUCUCCUCUUUCUGCACUUCUUCUAUAAUCUGCACCACUCUCCUACGGUAGCCAUGGAUAAAGUCCAGCACAUAACCCGCUCGGCCAUGAGGAGAGCCUCAAACAUUGAGGUCAAUCCACAGACCCGUCAAAAUCUUCAGGAGCUCUUUAUCAAUUUCUCUUUGAUUCUCAUAUGUCUGUUGCUUAUCUGUAUCAUAGUGAUGCUUCUCUGAUGGCACCCCAGGCGAAUCCUUUAGAUACAGCACAAAAAGACAGGACUGUACUAAAAGCCCUUUAUGGAAGGGCUCAGCAAUACUCAUGCCACUGUAAAGAUGUGAUAUACUAUUUAUCAGCUUGCACAAUGUGUAGUUGCUCAGCUUCGCAUAUCUUGUGCAUCUCUGGUUGUUAGAAGGCGUCAUUCAUAGUUGCAAAAAACGUGUUUAUAUUACCACACAGGAAUAAAAAAAAUAAAAAAAGAAGCUUUUACUCAAAUGUUUCCUUUCCAGGGUGUUGCACUUUGCCACUAUAUUUGAGGAUUGCUACGUAUACAUAUAUGUGCAAAUCCAUAUAGGUCUCAGACACAGUGACAUGACCUGAAUUAUGCACACACAUUUUCAUAGUUGCAUUGUUUAUUUCCAUGUAUUGAAAAUUAUUAAAAGCCUGAGUACAGU